GCGUAUUUAACGUUCGUUUGAUAUAUUAUCCGACCAGAUAACAGGCCAGAGAUUAUCGCCACUUAGCAAAUGUGUACGCAAAUUUACUGUUUCAGGGUUUAACGGCUUCUUGGAGAAAAUCAUACUAGAAAAGUCGAGAUCCCCCCCUCAAUUGAAUUAACGGCUUGACACAGGCUGUCUGUAACGUUACCGUUGUCAGAUUAACACGAUAUCCUGAUCCAAAGAGGAUGGCUCCUGUCUUGGUGCUCUGGCUGGCCGUGUGCCUCAGUGGGACGUGGGCUGUGGACAAGGGCAACUUCAAGACCUGUGACCAGAGUGCCUUCUGCAAACGUCAGCGUGCGUUGAAGCCUGGCGAGUCUCCCUAUCGAGCCCUGCUGGAGACCAUGGAGCUGACCAAUACCAGACUCACCCUGCAGCUCAUCAAUGACAACAAUAAGGUGCGUCUGCUGCUGGAGCUCUACCGUCUACAGGGAAACAUAACGAGGGUGAAGAUUAACGAGCUCAAGCCUCUGAAGCCGCGCUACGAGGUCCCAGACGUGCUCAUCAGGGAGCCACCUACUGAGCCCCUGUCUCUCUUGUCUCAGGACGAGAAUGGGGUAGUGCUGUCCCUGGGGCCGGAGUCUCAGAGGGUCAUCGUCAGUGCCCGUCCCUUCCGAUUGGACAUCAUGGAAGGGCGAGACGUGCUGAUGUCGCUGAACUCGCGCGGCCUGCUGGCCUUUGAGCACCUGAGGAUCCGCAAGGACACUUUCUCCUAUAAAGUAACUAGCACAGUGGCUAGCGUGUGGGAUAAUAUCAAGAGGGUAUUCUCUAGUCAGGCAGCUCCAGAGGCAGAGAAGAAAGAGGAGGCUGAUCCGGCGAACCAGGGCGAGACAGCAAAAGAAGAGGAAGAGAAAGUAGAAGACGGGAUGUGGGAGGAAACAUUUAAAUCGCACUCAGACAGCAAACCUAAUGGUCCAUCUGCCGUUAGUUUAGACUUUUCAUUGCCAGGGGUGGAGCACGUGUACGGCAUCCCAGAACACGCAGACAACCUCCGGCUCAAAACAACAGACAAUGGUGAUCCAUAUCGGCUCUACAACCUGGAUGUGUUCCAGUACGAGCUGUAUAACCCUAUGGCCCUUUACGGCGCUGUCCCAGUCAUGUUGGCCCACAGCUCCCAGCGGACCACAGGCAUCUUCUGGCUUAAUGCCGCUGAGACUUGGGUGGAUAUCAGCUCCAACACAGCUGGAAAGACUGUGUUUGGGAAAAUGCUGGAUUAUGUGCAGGGCUCCAGUGAGACGCCGCAGACAGACGUCCGUUGGAUCUCUGAAAGCGGUAUCAUCGAUGUCUUUAUUAUGCUUGGACCAACACCCAACGACGUCUUCUCUCAGUAUGCCUCCCUCACAGGCACCCAGUCCUUCCCUCCCCUUGCUGCCCUGGCCUACCACCAAUGCCGCUGGAACUACAAUGACCAGGAAGACGUGCAGACAGUGGAUGCAGGCUUUGACGAGCACGACAUCCCCUAUGACUUUAUCUGGCUCGACAUCGAGCACACCGAUGGCAAGCGCUACUUCACUUGGGAUCCACACAAGUUUGCAACACCGAAGGAAAUGCUGCAGGGUCUCUUGGAAAAGAAACGCAAGAUGGUGGCCAUUGUGGACCCUCAUAUCAAAGUAGAUAGCAACUACAAGAUCCAUAAUGAAAUCCGCUCUCGGGGUUUCUAUAUCAAGAAUAAAGAUGGUGGAGACUACGAGGGCUGGUGCUGGCCUGGUAGUGCCGGCUAUCCAGACUUCACCCGUGAAGACAUGAGGGCCUGGUGGGCCAGCAUGUUCGCCUACGAUCAGUACGAGGGUUCCAUGGAGAACCUGUAUACAUGGAACGACAUGAACGAGCCGUCGGUCUUUAACGGGCCUGAGGUCACAAUGCACAAGGACGCGGUGCACGGAGCCUGGGAGCACCGUGACCUGCACAACAUAUAUGGCUUCUAUGUGCAAAUGGCCACAGCGGAGGGUCUGAUCCAGCGGUCGGGAGGAGUUGAGCGACCAUUUGUUCUGACCAGAGCCUUCUUUGCUGGGUCACAGCGCUACGGUGCUGUGUGGACUGGAGAUAAUGCUGCUGAGUGGGACCAUCUGAAGAUCUCUAUCCCCAUGUGUCUGAGCCUGGGCCUGGUUGGAAUGUCUUUCUGUGGUGCUGACGUCGGUGGUUUCUUCAAGACUCCGAGCACUGAGCUGCUGGUGCGUUGGUACCAGACGGGGGCGUACCAGCCGUUCUUCAGGGCCCACGCCCACCUGGACACCCCCCGCCGUGAGCCCUGGCUGUUUGGCCCAGAAAACACAGCGCUGAUCCGUGAAGCUGUUCGCCAGCGGUACACCCUCCUGCCCUACUGGUACCAGCAGUUCUACCACGCCCACCGUACCGGACAGCCUGUGAUGAGACCGCUGUGGGUGGAGUAUCCUCAGGAUCCUGCUACUUUCGCUCUGGAUGACGAGUUCUUGAUCGGGAGAGACUUGCUGGUGCACCCAGUUACUGAGGAGGGAUCCAGGGGAGUCACAGCCUACCUGCCUGGCAAAGACGAGGUUUGGUUUGACGUCCACACCUUCCAGAAGCACAACGGCGCCCAGAACCUCUACAUCCCUGUCACCAUGAGCUCUAUCCCCGUGUUCCAGCGAGGCGGCUCCAUUAUUCCCAGGAAGCUUCGAGUUCGGAGGUCUUCCACCUGCAUGGAGGACGAUCCCUACACGUUAUUUGUGGCUCUUAACCCCCAGAGAGCUGCCGAGGGUGAGCUCUACAUAGACGAUGGCCACACCUUCAACUAUGAAAAGAAGGAUUUCAUCCACAGGAGGCUGUCCUUUGCCAACAACGUCCUCUCUUCUGUUAACCUGGCUCCAGAUGCCCAGUUUUCCACCCGCUCCUGGAUUGAACGCAUUGUCAUACUAGGAGCCAGUAAGCCCAACAAGGUUACCCUUAAGGCUGCUGAAGGUCAGGAGAGCCAGGUAGAGUUUGAGUUCGAUGCCUCCAUGUCAGUGUUGACGCUCCGCAAGCCCGGCAUGAACGCAGGGCUGGACUGGGCUGUGAAUCUUCAGUAACCACAGAGACGGAGGAGGAGGAGGAGCAGCAGCAGGAGGAGAAGAUGACUGACCUGGAUUAAGUGGAAGAAAGAACCAGAAAAAGGCACUAAUACCCAUGACUAACUAAAGCAAGACUACUGGAUAGCCAUUGAGGAAAUUUAAGGACAUAAACACACACAACACAUUAAAUACAGUUUUAAUCCCUACACACACCCCCCAUGUUGAUAUGUUUAGUCGAACUGAGCCACGCAACGUCUCUGCCGUGUCCCUCUUGUGUUCAGUCGCAGUGUAAUACCUAUAAAAAAAGAAUAAAAAUUUAAAAGAGGGUUACUACUAGAUAGAUAAUUAUGUUUGUCACGUUUUGUCAGAGAUGACAAUUGAACAACACAAAAAAUGUCAUUGUAAUGAAUCUUUGGGGAUAAGAAAGAAAACAUUCGAGGACUCGGUUAACUUUUUUAAAUGAAUUGUCCACUUGGUUGUACAUCCAGUCUGCCUCAGAGAAAAGAUCACUGUGUGGGGAUUGUUUGCUAUUUAAAAUGAAGGUUCACAUUCAAAGCACAUGCUCCACCUGCUGGGGAUUCCCUCUAUCUGUUUCUGACUUGAAACUCUCCAAAAAAGACAUUCAUUCCAUCCCUCUUUUAAGCAAAGCACUUCAACCAGCUAGGAGCUCGACCUUCUUUCACUCGCCACAUUAGAUAUUGGAAAAGGCUUGCCAACUGUCGGCUGUGUGGCUCAACACUUUCCUUUCAUCCCUGCAGUACUUUCACUUUCCUGAUUCCACAAAAUGGAAAGAAAUCAUCUUUCUUACCGAUCCUGUCCAGUUCAUUCUCUCCCUGAAUCCAUCAGGGAUGAAUUUGUGUGCAUGGAAAUGAUUUAAUAUCGCUUCAAAAGUGAUGAAGUCGUUCAGCCGCUGCACAGAGAGAUUUUCAGUUCACUUUUGAGCAAACUUGGCCAGGGGAAUCACUUCAGGGCCACUGAACCACUUAUGUUUGUGGAUCAUCCUGCUUUCUUUCUUUUAUCGAGUUCUCUUUCCAGUGUUGUUUACUAGAUUAUUUUUAAUGCACUUGAGGAAGAGUGAGAACUUACAAGUUGUUUAGAUUUUUCAUGUGUAACUAGACGUCAGGAGCAUCCACGUUUUUCCAGUGUGUCAUUUGGAUCUUCAUGAACAGGUCAAAUCUUGUGCUUGGAACGUGUUUCACUAGCAGUCGUGAAUAUUGAAAUGAUUCUCUUGAGGCUCUGGAUUGUGUCCUGGCUAGUGAAAUCAUCUGACCUUUUUAGGAGUUUUGUUCUAUGAGUUUGUCUUCCUGAUUGUUUUUAUGAUCAUAAAUGUACAUGUUGCUACAAUUUUGUUGGCGGUGGCUUGAAUCGUGGAAAUGGAAGUAGAGGAACAGACUUCAGCUGUCAAUCAAAAUUGUCAGAUGUACUCUAAAAGAUGAGACCAAGUGAAAAUAAAGUUGACCAAAUGUAAAAGAA